AACUUUGCGCUUAGUCGAAAGCGAACGUCGCGACGGUACGCGUCGUCCGAUUCCGGACUUUAUUUUUAGAGCAUACAUCCAAACCCGAGUUUUUCGAAGCUUAUUUAACUCGAUUAUAAAGUAAUGCCGAAUAAUCGAUCUGAUGUAUUCGUCCGGUAUAUCUUAUAGCAGGUACCGCCCCACCCAUUACGACGAAAGGGAGCGGUACUCGUCACAAUCGUCGCAUCCUUCUUAUGGUUCCAGGGGUACCACGGAUUAUUCGUGGUUGGGCGCAAGUAAUUACCGUCCAACGACAACUACGUCUUACCAAACAGUUGGAAGGAGAUUAGCCGAUGAUACAUCUUCUAUGGCUAGCGGCAGCAAAAGUGGUGCCAAUACAGAAUCAUCAAACACGCGAAGGCCACGCUAUACUCGAUCGUCCACACAUAGCGUCGCUCAAUUGUUAACGGAUUCAUGUUCUAGUUUACUGCAAAAAAUCACAACAAGAGUGCGAGGUCCAUCUGCGACGGUCGAACGACAAAUUCAAAGUAAUGCAAAAAACCCUACUGGAAACAGCGGUGGUAACUUUAGCAUUUACCGGCCCAACCCUUUAACGACCAGCAAGAGCAGUACAGUAGUGCCGAAUUUUUCCACGACGAAAUCUCGAAUUGAAGACAAAUACAAUUCUGUUUUCGAUCGCAUUUAUGGUCGUAAAAGGGAUAGCGAACAAAAGGUUGAACCCUCUAUAGGGCGUGGAUUGUCCAAGAGCAGUACUACUACGAACGUGCUUCAGCUGAGCAACAAGGCGUAUCCUUAUGUAAAUAAUAGCAGCAGUGUGGUGCAACGCGAAAAAACCCCUUUCCGGAGCGAAGCUAGGAAAAAUAAUGUUGUGUACCCAGAACCCUCUUAUGCUUAUCUCGAUAAAGAUUCUGCACAUCGCGUCCGACAGCGAUCAAAUCAUUCCGAACUUAGACCUAGACGGUCUUCGAAGCCUCACAGGAUUGGAAAAAGCGAAUACAGUGACCGAAAAUCUUCUGGCACAACCACAAAUCUUAAACUAACUGCCGUUGAAAUACCAUUAACGAGCAGCUCAUCAGGCACUUUACUUAAUGAACCAAAAAGCGAUAGUGUCGUUAAAAUCGAAUCUUCAUCAACAAAAGCCGUGACACCAGCAAUAACAGAAGACGUUGAGGUGACGCCUACACCGGCCGAGCCCAAUCCAUCUUCCGAUAGAGAAGCGAAACGCAAAGAAAUCCAGUCGUUAAUAAUGAAAUAUUCCGCCUUGGAUGAGGCAUAUAAUAGAACAAACGUUACGGCGAUGACGACCUUGGCCGCCGUCAAUCCUGAGCCGCCCAGCGUGGCGGCGGCCAUUGCGCAAAAGUACUAUCCGGACCUGGCGAGGUCGCAGGAUAAGAAGAAAGAGGGAAUGGAAGAUCAGAGGGAGGAGGCGGCAGCGGCUGGUUCGAGGGCACCCUCAGUGGAAGAUGAUGAAGAAGGCCACCUUAUUUACCGAUCAGGGGACAUCCUACAAGAUCGAUACAAGGUCCUCGGCACCCUUGGCGAGGGAACUUUUGGCAAGGUAGUCAAAGUAAAAGACUUGGAAAUGGACCAUUCCAUGGCGCUUAAAAUUAUUAAAAACGUAGAAAAGUAUAGGGAAGCGGCUAAGUUAGAAAUCAACGUGUUAGAAAAAUUAUCCGACAAGGAUCCAGAUAGUAUGCAUUUAUGUGUAAAAAUGUUAGACUGGUUCGACUACCAUGGACAUAUGUGUAUCGCGUUUGAGAUGCUAGGCCUUAGCGUUUUCGAUUUUUUGAAAGACAACAACUAUCAGCCGUACCCAUUAGAACAAGUCAGGCACAUCGGUUACCAGUUGUGCUAUUCCGUCAAAUUUUUACACGACAACAAAUUGACGCACACAGAUCUCAAGCCAGAAAAUAUACUGUUUGUUGAUUCGGACUUUGACCUAGUGUAUAAUUCUAAAAAAAGAAGAGAUGUCAAGAGAGUAAAAAGAACCGACGUAAAGUUGAUCGACUUCGGCAGCGCAACUUUUGAUCACGAACAUCACAGCACUAUUGUUUCGACGCGGCAUUAUCGGGCACCUGAAGUCAUUUUAGAAUUGGGUUGGUCUCAACCAUGCGAUGUAUGGUCAAUCGGCUGCAUUCUAUUCGAGCUGUACCUCGGAAUUACGCUAUUUCAAACCCACGAUAAUCGUGAGCAUUUGGCCAUGAUGCAGCGAAUAUUGGGCGAAAUUCCUCAGAGGAUGGCACGGAAAACAAAGACUAAAUACUUUUACAAGGGCAGACUGGAUUGGGAUGAGAAGAGUUCUGCUGGUCGUUAUGUCAGAGAUAACUGCAAGCCUCUAUUGCGGUAUAAACAAGCCGACGAUCCCGAUCAUAACUAUCUGUUCGAUCUUAUCUUCAAAAUGCUCGACUAUGACCCUUCGGAACGUAUAACGCUAAAAGAAGCCCUAAAACAUCCGUUCUUCGAUAAAAUACCUGGCCACCAACGAUUGGGAGACCACGGAGCUGCUGGAGACAGGAGAGAACGCCGAAGUAUCUCAUAAGUAUAAACUGCAAGUGAUUUGGUCAAUUUUAAUUUCAACCUGUCGCGUCUUUGGAGACUUAAGUAUAUUGUACACAAUUGUUUUAUUUAUUGACUUGUUCAGGUGAAGAUGUAACUUUAGGUGAGGAUGUCUAUAAGUAAAGGUUUACUAUUUAAUAAACGACUUAAAUUAAAAAAUGAA